AUGGCUCAGGCCAAGAUCAACGCCAAGGCCAACGAGGGCCGCUUCUGCCGCUCCUCCUCCAUGGCCGACCGCUCCAGCCGCCUGCUGGAGAGCCUGGACCAGCUGGAGCUCAGGGUGGAAGCUUUAAGAGAAGCUGCAACUGCCAUUGAGCAAGAGAGAGAAAUCCUCCUGGAAAUGAUCCACAGUGUCCAGAACAGCCAGGACAUGAGGCAGAUCAGCGAUGGAGAAAGAGAAGAAUUAAAUCUGACCGCAAACCGACUGAUGGGACGAACCCUCACUGUGGAAGUUUCCGUGGAAACCAUUAGAAACCCUCAGCAGCAGGAAUCCCUAAAGCACGCCACCAGGAUUAUCGAUGAAGUGCUUUUUGAAAAUUAA